AUGAAUCCUAUGUUUUACUUCCUUCUUGCCUUAACCGCUGUUUUGGCCGCGACAGCAAACGCCAGUGAACCAGUUCUCGACUUUGGUGGUGAUAUCAUAUUCGACGGCAGUUACUACGUUCUCCCCGUCAUCUCCGGCCCUGCAGGUGGCGGCCUGACUCUCUCCCCUCGUGCUGGCAUCCCAUUCCCAUGUUCCUUCGAUGUUGUGCAGGAAUCUUCAGAGGUUAAAAGGGGCGUUCCCGUCAAAUUUUCAAACUGGAGGACUAAAGUUGCGUUUGUUCCCGAAUCACAGAACCUCAACAUCGAGAUGGACCUCCCACCUUCGAUCUGCCUCCAUUCAGCCCACUGGUGGAUCGAUGCGUCCAACAAGGAGAGUAAGACGUGGUUCGUAGCGGCUGGUAUGAGGUCAGGAGGAGGUUCGUCGAGGAGUUUCUUCCAGAUCAAGAAAACUGGAAAUGUUUUUGGCGGUUACAAGAUUGCGUUUUGUCCUAACGAUGACGAUUGCAUCAAUGUCGGGAUAUUUGUGGACGAAUAUGGCGUUCGGCGUUUGGCUUUAAGCUCUACGCCAUUCCCGGUUGUGUUCAUGAAAGCUACUGAGAGAGAGACUUCGUCCAAGACUAUGUCUAUUAUCUGA